AUUAUAAAAGGGUACACGAAGUCGAUAAGGGCUUGUUUGCGGUCUAUCCUCCUGCAGGCUGCAGCUUUCGUUCUGGUCUCGCUGUCAGAAGCAUCGGCUUUAGCUUUUCCCACAGCAGGUCCGGCGGACAAGAUAUCGAAGACGGAGCGAUGUCGAGAGCCAACACGAUGUUCGAUUUCUUCGCGAUGGAGAAGACGAGAUCCUGCGCCCGAGGCGCCAAGCUGAGCGCCAUCUCGAAGAUCGACCCGCAGCUCCUGCGUAGAGUGAUCGCCUCCACCCUGCCGCCUCCGUCGAGGCAGCUGUUCCCCUCGCCGCCGCCGCCGCAUCCGAUUUUGGAUCCGUCGUGCAGGUCAGUCGCUACGGCCGAGAGCGAUUCUUCAUCGGCGCCACUGACGAUCUUCUACAACGGCACAGUCUCCGUUUUCGACCUCGCGCAGGAGAAGGCGGAGGCAGUGAUGAAGCUGGCGGAGAGGACCAUGGAUUACAGGCUGCUGGCGCAACUCAACGAAGAGCUGCUGCCCAUUCCCCGGAAGAAAUCGCUGCAACGCUUCCUCGAGAAACGCCAACAGAGGUUGACCGCGAAGGCGCCUUACACGGCGGACCACGAGGCGGCUUCGGCUAAGACGACGGCUUUGGACGCGUUGACCCAUCCAACUUACUGAUGCCUUUCCUCGUCUUGCUAUUAUUAUUGGUGGGGCAAAAAACACAGUACAAAAUACUAAUUAAAUCAUUUGUUUCCUUUUUUUAUUUAUUUUCCGUUGCAUGUAUUAUUUUUUUCUUUCUGAAAACAUUGAAGUUAAAAAGUGUAAUCGUCUGUUGAUUUCUAUGUUAUCGAUGAGCGAUUCUACUCUUUCUUUAAA